GGGCCGCGGUUGCUUUAAAGCGCCCCAGCCGGGCGGCGCGGGGCGGGGCGCUCUCGGAGCCUCGGGGCGCGCAGGGCGCAGCGGCCGGAGCGGGGUCCCCGGAAGCGCCAGCCCGGCGGGCACGGCGGGGCGCCUCCACCUAGGGCGGGGAAGGAGCGGUGGCUACACCCCGCCCGGCUGAGGCGCGGGGGGCCGUAGGGGGUGCGGAGUGGCCCGCGUCGCCGCGGAGAUGGCGCGGCACGUGCGGUGACGGUGCCCGCGCCCCGAGGGUCCCAGCCUCGCGCCCCGCGUCCCCGGGCCAGCAUGGAGCGCCCGGAGCCCGAGCUGAUCCGGCAGAGCUGGCGGGCGGUGAGCCGCAGCCCGCUGGAGCAUGGCACCGUGCUGUUCGCCAGGCUGUUUGACCUGGAGCCUGACCUGCUGCCCCUCUUCCAGUACAACUGCCGCCAGUUCUCCAGCCCAGAGGACUGCCUGUCCUCCCCCGAGUUCCUGGACCACAUCAGGAAGGUGAUGUUCGUGAUUGACACUGCGGUGACCAAUGUAGAGGACCUGUCCUCGCUGGAGGAGUACCUUGCUGGUCUGGGCAAGAAGCACCGUGCCGUGGGUGUGAAGUUCAGCUCCUUCUCGACGGUGGGUGAGUCCCUGCUCUACAUGCUGGAGAAGUGCCUGGGCCCUGCGUUCACACCAGCCAUGCGGGCCGCCUGGAGCCAGCUCUACGGGGCCGUGGUACAGGCCAUGAGUCGAGGCUGGGAUGGCGAGUAAGAGGCAGCCCCUGGCCAGCAGCCCCCACCUGGAGGCCCCCAUCUGUCUGUGUCUGUCUGUUGCUCUGUGCCUGUCGUAGCCCAGCUCCCCUUAGGCCUCCUUGCACCUAGGCCCUUGUCCCCUUGACCACCCUGGAGAGGUGAUGGAGCAGGGCUGGGUCUCAGUCCUCCUCAUCUCCAACUGCAGACAGGGGUGGCUUUUCCUUCAAGAAGGGGCUUCUGGAUUUCCUUGUGUCCGCAGUAGCUUUUCCCUGCCUGCCUUUUCCCCCCUCUAGCAUCCCCUCCUCUGCUAAGAGAGGAGCAAUGUUUGGGUCACAGAGGUGGCACGGGGCUGGGAAGGUGGAGAUCUUUGAGAGCAUGGGCUCUGGUCAUCCAUCCUUCUCAGGUGAGCUGGGCCAAGCAGGGAGUGGGUGGCUGAGCUUCGGGCACCUUCCUAUUUUGCCUGCUUUCCAUUCUUCUCUCUCCCAGGGGUGUCUGCCUUUCAUAAGUAAACAAGAGGGACCAUUUUAGCCUUCAUGGUGAAAUCACAGGUGGUAGGGGCAGGCAAUCAAGAGAACUGCUGGGGAAGGGAGAGCUGACCUGGGUCUGUGAUGGGCUCAGCGGGGUCCCAGGGGCCUGCUUAGAUGUCACGUGACAGAGUAGUUUUUCUUUUGCUGUUUCCAGUUCCCUCCUUCAGUGCUGCUGCUGGGAACUCCUUUAGUACCACUCUGUAGAAGCCAGCUAGCCAGCCAGGGCGGGGCGGGGCUGGGGAAGGUCACGGAAGGAGGGGGAUUUCACUCCAAAGAGGCCUGAGUUCUGGUGGCUGUUCCUCACCACCCCGCCCCAGCAGGGCUGGGGCUCACCUGCCCCACGCUGCCUCUCUGAUGCUGCCCACAUCCACUGCCGGGCACAGCUCCCCACGUUUAAUACCUGGUGUGUGUCUGUACUUAGGCUGCGACAGAAGAGAAAGCAGCAGGGGGGCCCCUCUGCCCUUGCCCAAGCCGUCUGCACUUUUACCUCUUGCUCUGUGCUGUGGUUGUAUAAACUCAUGAGGAAUAAACCUGUUCUGUGUGCCUCUCUGA